GCGAGGGUUUCAAUCACACUUGAGAAUAUUACGCCAAAUUUGGUUCUCACCCUGUUUCUUUCCAUGCAACGGCCAGGACCCGCCACGGUGAUGAUGCUGGACUGCAUUACCGAUGACGAUGUGGGGCGGAAACUCCGUGUUGCGGGACGGAUGCUCACGUACGACCCUUCCACCGCCCUCGUGCUGCUCUCAUUUUCGUCCCAUGGACUUCUGGUAGACGUUUCUCUCGUGAUCGAUCCAGAUGCGGUGUUUUCUACUGUAAAGUGGGGCGGAACACUUGAUUCAAAUGUAGACUGUAAUUGGAUGCACGAACGUAAAGCAUGGGUGUGGGUUAUGGGAUGGUUGGAGAGGUCUGAGCAGGACCUUCCAAUACCAGAACCCCCACCCUACACAUCACCACCAGAUGUUGACCCGUCGAUCGUGCUCAAGGCCCUGAACGUCACUUCUGCGCGUGAUCUGGAUGUUGUCGGGCUACGGACGGCGCUUGCGGUGAUGGGAGAAGUACAACCUACGACGUAUCCAGAAUGAAGUAUUGAAGGAUCUACAGGCGCCAAGUUAUGUCGCCGAUGUCGUGAUCUAUAUUAAGCUGUCAACUCAGCGCUGGGCUAUUGCAAUAUUUGCCCUGCGUGUCUGCCAAGGGGCGUAUGUGCAUAUUCACUUGGUGGCCGUGUGGGCGUAUACUCCCGUGGAUUUGUGUGACGAUUGAGUUGUUUUUUCGCAUCGACAAAGCUUCCGAGAUCAAUGCGAAAUAUACUUACUGGACAUACGCAUGUGCAUCACAACGUCAGAAGACUCAGAACGCACUUCUCGAGUACAUGUACUAAAUUGGAUAUACUUACUACUUACACCUAUAAGUUAUGUUAUUGCC